CAUACAUUAUUUGAUUACAAUGUACUCUAUGCCAAUGUUAUUACCUCUAAGUUUGCUUUGCUGUGCAUUUGCAGUUGAAAUUUUCUCAAUCUAAGGUGAAUUGUUUUUAAUGUAAAACAUAUAAAUGGCUGUACAUUCUAUUUUAAGGUUUUUAUUGAUCAAUCGAAAGUCAAAACAAGACAAAUAUAUCUCUUUUCCAAAAAAAUCUGAUAAACAACUUUUCAUUUUGGUGUGGCCUAAAAACGGUUUUUCUACCUUUUUCAGAAUAUAAGAUUUUCAGAGCCUUAUAUACCCAUAAAGAACUAUAUCGCUACUUUAGAAAAACAAAAAGAAAAAGUGGUUUUAACUUUUAUCAAUGUUUAUGUAAGAAAAGUACAGUCCGUUAAAUACAAUCCAGUGAAUUUUUCCUUUUCUAAUUUUUGUUUCAGUUUCUCUCUUUUGAAAAGAAAUUUAAUUCUAACGUGGCCAUUUUUACCGAUUACGACAAAAUGCAAAGUGAUACAUACUGAAACGCGGUAGAGUAAAAGAUGAGAAAAGAAUUUAAACUACGAACAUGACGAAAGAAAAAUAUAUUAGUACUGUUUAUAUUUGGACUAAUUGUAGAUCUGCGGAGGCUUACAUUUGAUUUGGUUAUUGUCAGCCUUAAUCCUUGUGCCAACUUUCCUUAUUGUUCAUUAAACACCUACUCAUGUCCUACCUUUUAACCUUAAAUUCUCACUGAAAAAGCAUUAAAACGAACUAUGCACAGUAAUGCCUGUCAAAAUAGUCUAUUUUGGAUAAAAUUCUAUAUGACAUACCAGUGGUUUGCAUGCUGAAGUGUGGCGCGUGUCCAGUAACUGUUAGCUACAUGUAUUGUAAUCAUGGGUUGCAUACACAAUAGAACUUGAAUAACCGCGGAGCAGGGCUUUAAUGUAAUGCCUAUCAGUUGUGUACGUUAGGGCCUGGGAAAUAACGGAAGUUUCGGUAUGUUUCUUCGUGCACUUUAGUGAAAGCUCGUGUUGUAUAGUCAUUGAAAAUCGGUAACUUAUCCAAUAAAAAGUUAGGAUCUCAGAUUCUUUUAAAUAGCUUUCUGGAAAGCUAAAAAGGAAAACAUAAAUUCUCAACCAAAACCAUUCAGCACUUUUCAAAUCAGAACUUCUGCUUUGAAAAAUAUGUGAUCUAAUAGCGUUAUUAUAACAGUAGCUCGAUCUGGGAUUCUGUAUUUGUCUUGAGUGAAUUUUGCCAGAAUCGGAACUCACGUGAUCCGUCCUUGCAAAAUCCACGAGAGCCGAAAACAAAUCCAAGAUCUAUAGCUAUUGUUAUCCGGUUAUAGUGACCCUUUUACUAUAUACCUCCAUAUUUUGUUUGUUUACUUUUAAUUGAACGAAAUUUUUAGUGUUUGUUGAUGUUUGUUAAUGUCAUAAAAAAUGAAAUGAUUGAUGUGUUUGCACUGUUUAUAUAAUGGUGUCAGCUCAUGCAUAUUAAUGAAAGUAACAUACAAUACAGAAGGUGCAAUACGGGACUUUGGAACGUACAAUACAGGAUUUUUUUCAGCCUGUUCGUAUUUUCUUGUGAAAUGCAAGCGGUAGUUCAGACAUAAUUUAUACAAAGAACUAGAAAAUACAUAUUUAUUAUAUUAUAGCUGUUUGACUUACAUAAGUAUAUACUUAAUAAGAAUGUUAUAUACCUAUACACAUUCUAUAAAAAAUUGGCUUGUAUUUCACAUGUCUGCUAUUAAAUUAACCCUCAUAUAUGUCCAGUGCAUUUAGUCUCUCAUAUCUUUACAUUUUCUUUAGAUACCACACGAUCAAAAAGCAAAUCUACGUCUGAGUGUCCUGAAUUUGCCGAUGAACAGUGGGACAAGAAAGGAGAAUGCCCAGCAAAUAAUGCUAGAAAAGAUACCACAGGACCACAAAGUAAAUCUACGUCCGAGUGUCCUGAAUUUGCCAGUGAACUGUGGGACAUGAAAGGAAAACGCCCAGCAAAUAAUGCUAGAAAAGUACUGGAAUGGAUCAAAAGAGAAACCAACAGACAACAGACUGUGCCAUUUUGUCCAUGGGGAGGAGAAAUAGAUGGAUUAACCUUGGAUAACACUUGUACUGUCGAUUGCCAUUUGUAUAUGAUACAUCUCAUACUGAUAGAUGAACAAUUUAAAGCUGUCAAAGAAUGGUUACAUUCCCAAUGUAAAGAAAAUCCAGUCGCUUCUGUAUUGCUACGUGUAUCAAAACUAUUUGAAAAGAAGAAAUGGGCGGAAGGGAAGUUGAUUUGGAUAAGAGAAACGAAUCCUGAAGCCAUAGAUUCUGAAAUGGGUAAUGUGAACCUGUUUGGCAGCGAAUAUGAUUUUUUCGUUGGACAUUACAGUACUCUUCAGGAGAGUGUCACGGAGAAUGUUUGUAGUAAUGAUAACUGCCCGGAAAGAGGGAUUGAGCGUAAAUAUACAGAGAUAGUACUGCAUGACUCCGACACGAGAACCAUUCAGGGAGCGAUAGAUGAAUGGCAGAACAACAGUAUGGAUAUGGUCAGGUGUAGAGAGAAAGACCCCGUUUCCAAAAGGUCCUGCAAAGGGUACCGAAAUUGGACAAGAAGGCGAUUCACCAACAGUAACAUUCCCAAGUUAGUUAUAGCUAAUAUAGAGAACAUCAAAGGCGAAGUUAGUGUUGGAGAAGAAGUUGUCAUAAAUGAUAUCAGGUACAGUGUGUAUGCUAUUACGUUUGGAAAUGGGUCACAUUUCAUAGCCGUAUUCAACAAAAAUGGAUCCCAGCAGGUUUAUGACGGGCUGAAGACAAGUGUUGAGCCCUUAAAUAUACUGCCUGCCAGAUUUUCUCACGUGCAUGUUCUAUUAGUAAUGAAAGUUACAGAUUGAAAUGGUGAUUGAAUAGCAAACCAUGAAAGGCAUUUUGUGGGGACUUAAAUGUCUGUGCUACUGGCACUAAUCCCAGUGUUGUAUUAUACCCCUAGGUAUACUAUAAGAACCAAAGUUAUGAACGGGAAAUGCUCUAUCCCAUUUCAGUCGCACACUUGUCGCCUAAAACGCACUGUUCCAUAAAUUGGUACUAUGCAUAUUUAAUACAUGGUCAUUUAUCUCUUCCAUCGAGCAGCCAGCAGUCACAUUGUCUUAAUAGUUUAUAUCGCCGAGAUACUCAGCAUGUUUCAUGCUACGGGGAUUUACUGUAUUUUCACCGGUGCUGGAUAACACCAUUUUAAACUCUUGCUAUAAUGACGCAUUACGUACUACAUAAUAUGUAGAGCAUUAAUGUAGUAAUUUAUAGUUUAUUUCAUAAAGCGGAAUAAAAAUCCAAUACCUUGAUAGUUCCUUUUUGUUUCUUACAAUAUAAUCUUGAUUAAAAAACAAUGCAAGCUAAUCAUAAAUACAUAGCGUUAUACUGCAAGUAACAAACCAUAACAGUGUUACGAAUUUCCGGUUUACGGACGUUGAUUUCCUGCACAUGUUAGGUACGCUUCUGUAAGAAAAUAGUUCUAAAAAGAAAGUAGUUUGUUUGAGUUCAUUUAAACUAUUAAUUUAUUUCUUGAUUAUGGUAUGCAAGUAAAAGAUUAUUUCAAUGACUAGGUACAGAUGGGAAUGUCCAGCUCUAGGGUAACUGAUUACGCACCUGCACCCAUAGCUAGUGAAAAAGUCCUGUUUGUCAACUUUACAGGAAAUACUUGCACAAACUCCGGUAAAAAAGUUUCAUUCCAGAUUAACAAAAUUACUCUGGCUAUAUUUAAACUUAUUUCGGUCGUCGUUUAACUGCAAGUGUACUCUAGAAUGUUUAUAUGUAACAUAAAUGUGCGGUGUGAAUUAAAUAGACAACAGUUAAAUGUAUACCACUAUAUUAUUUCAGAUUCAAAAUCUUUUUAAGAUGAUGUAAAUUCAUCAGUUCCAUUUCUACUAUAUUACUGUAAAUAUUUUGAUUUCUGUUCUUGUUUGUUUAUGACCUAACUCUGCUCAUGAUCCAGUUGUCUAAACCGAAACUUAGUCAAGGAAGUUAAUCAAUGUUUGCGUUAUGUAUUGUUGACGAAAGUAUUAAAUAUGCGGAGUAUUUCUGCAAUAUGAACUCAUGAGGCAAUGUCACUGGUGCACGACGGAAGAUAUAUUACCAUUUGAUUGAAAUGUGUGGUACCCAUGUACCGAACUGCACGUUUUGGUUGAGAAGGGCGUGACUGAAAUCGGAUAGUGAUGUUCAUGGAUGCGGUCCUUAUAGUAUACCUUGGUGGUGUGGUAAGACAUGUACAGUGACAUACCGGUAUAUCUAUCCAUCUAUCUUCCGAAUUAGUGUUAGGAUACUGAUAAUUGUAUGGUUUUAGCGACAAAGUUCAUAGGGGGAAUACUGAAUCGUAGACUGCAGUUAUAUCUGUUCAAUCCGUUUUGUAACAAUAGUCAUAAAUAUACAUUAAGCCCCUUUGUACAAUUUUGAUCAUUAUGUGUUUCUUAUUGCUUGUGAAAUAGAAUUUUCGUAUUAUAUGACUGAACAGAGCGUUUUGUAAAUGUUGUUUUACUGAGUAUUUUGAAAUUCAAUAGCAAUUAUGCGUUUCAUAUUUUCAUUUUUAUUAUGCCCGGGUAUCUACUGAUGCUGGAGGCAUAUAGUGAUGGUCUUGUCCGUCCGUCCGUCUGUAUGAGGUUAACCAAAUCGGACGGUUUCGUCUAGCAUCAAUACCCCUAAUUAGAAUGACUUAAUACUAAUGCAGGUGUAACCUGUAACCAUUUCUCAUCUUCAGAUAUCACCUGAUCUCAGUUUGACCUUGGCCUUGACCUCAUUUUGGACUUAGGUUGCUUUGUAUGGGCCAUCAUUUGGUUAACCAAAUGGAACCGUUUCGUCUAGCAUCAAUACCGCCUACAAGAAUGAAUUGAUACUAAUACAGAUGUAACCUGUGACCAUUCCUCAUCUUCAAACAUCACCUGACCUCAGUUUGACCUUGACCUCAUUUUAGACUUAGGUUGCUCUGUAUUGACAAGGAUGCCACCGGGGGUAUCAAGCGUUUAUUGAACGCAGCUCCUUCUUAAUCUUGAAAUAAUUUCUCGGUUUUACGUAUGAAACGUUAUCUGUACGGUAACGUUUUUAUUGGAAAAUUUAGAAUAAUAAUUUUCAACGUUUAUAGUGAAAACUGAAAUAUUAUUGCUGUUGUGCAUAUUAAAAUGUAUUUUUUAUGAAAAUGUUCAGAUUGAAUGUUUUAACAAGUUUGGCAGAGACAUUGUUCAUUAGAUUACCAUUAACUAAAAAUUUCAAAAUGUUCCGAUUCGUUGAAAACAUGGUCUUCAUGGCAUGUGGUAACAUUUAAACAUCUUAUCAUUGGUCACAAUUUUAACAAGAUCAUUUUAAAGGUAUUUUCUUUGGAUGAACCUUAAACAAAACACAUGGCUAUAUUUCCCUUUCCGACUUUAUGGUAUACUUUGAAAAUAUUCUUCUGUAAAUCUGCAGGCCAAAGUACAAAGUAAUUUGGCAGAAAUUAUUCCUUCUCCGACACUUACUAACUUUUUCUGCUGUGAAACUAUGAUGAGCGACUUAAGACCAAGGUCCUCUUAUUAUUGCUUCCACUGAAAGUGAGGUACAUUGUUUUCUGUCUGACUGAUUGUCCAGGUUGUCACAAAUUCUUGUACAGUUCUUAAGCGUGUUCUUUAAAACCAGAAUUUACUGUAAUUUGUCAUAUCUUAAGCACAUUUCACAAUAAUUAUUUUUAGCGGAGUUCUGUCCCUUUUAAUGUCUUUCAUGUGACCGCCAUUGAAAAUAGGUUAAGGCAUAUAUUGAGCUACCCCUGUAUAUUUGUGCGUUGGUUAGUUUAUCCGUUGCUCGCGCGUGUCAUUGUUUGUGUCUAUUUGUGCGUGCGCCCUCGUGUGCGUGCGUGCGCCCUCAUGUGCGUGCGUGCAUGCGUGUUCUGAAUAUUGUAUCCGCUUCAUAAAUAUGUCGUGCAUGUUGAAUUUUGAAAACUUCAGCACAAAUGACCGCAGUAGCAAGACGGCGUAUCGUAUGCGAGACACAGAUCCUUACGUAAAAUGUUAAGGUCACAUAGGAGGUCAGGUGAGAGAUUUAAGGUCAUUCUCUUGCCCGCUUUUUAAGAAGUUUAAGAAUAUUCAAACUUGGCGCAGACCUUUAGCAUAGCAAAAUGAUGUGCCACGGGCAAGAUUUCAUGUUAUGUUAAUGACCAUUGUCACACUUACAGGUUAUACAUAUAAGAUCAUUUUCCUUACCCGGUCCAUGCAUGCAUAUUCAAAUUACUAAGCACAAAAUGUCAUCAUAGAAGUAAAAUGUGUUGCGUGCAGGACCCAAAUCCUUAGCACAUAAUUCAUAGUUACUGUUACAGAUAGAACAAAUUGUCAUUUUAGCUCGACUAUACGGUUUAAAGAAACCAACAACAAAAUAGUGAGAUUGAAUAUGAUUAUUAUUUCAAGUUAUUCUUUUAAAUGAAUAAUUACAAUGAAUAUAUCUGGAUGAUAUCUUAUACCAGAUAAAUAUUGUUUGAUAGUGUCAUAUUUCAAACCCCUUUCUGCGCAGAAAGCUACAAAAUAAAUUAGAAUUUGUUCAUCAACCAUAGGUGGGACACAGCUACAUGUACUACUUGACCAGAGUGAAUUCUGUUCCAAAAAGAAUUUGUAAAGCUUGUAGGCAGAUCUGUAAAGGCUCACUGUGCUUGGUGCAUGGGCUGCUUCCCACAAAAAGGUGACAGUCCUGUUCAGCCUAGAUAAAGAUCCUCCAGGUGUGGCACCUUUGUAGGGACUUUGUCUGCUUCUGGUGCUAACUGGCGGAAGCGUUGAAUCUGAAAUCGAGACAGACAAUCACUUAUUUUGUUGUUUUUACCUGGAAUGUGCUUUGCAUAUAUAACAAAGUUUCCUGUUGCAGCGCACCAGGUUAGUCUGCGCAUCAGUUUCAUAAUAAAUGGUGAUUUACUGCGACCUUUUUGAAUUAUAUCAACUGUUGCUUUGUUGUCGCAGUGAAACAUAAUUUGCUUUUUUGCCCACUGUUUUUGCCACAAGACAACACAUACAACAAUUGGAACAAGUUCCAUGAAAGCAAUAGACAUGUCGUCGUCUCCAAGUCUUGGAAGAUCAUCUGGCCAGGGUUCGGAAAACCACUUGCCCUGGUAAUAGCCCCCAUAACCACAGCUUCUGCUAGCAUCUGUAAAUAAAUCUAUAUCAGCUGAUUCAGUUAUGAAAUCAUCAUAAAAGAAUGAUAUCCCAUUCCAGUUAUCUAGAAACCAUAUCCACAUAUUAAUGUCGGUUAGGCAAUCUUUGCUUAAUUUUACAUGAUGGUGUAGUUCUUUCACAGGUGAAGCAAGCCUUAACAAAUAUGACAUGAAACUUCUUCCUGGUUUUAUUACUCUUGAUGCAAAGUUCAGAUGACCUAGAACACUCAGCAGUUUGCGCUUUGUAAUAGUCUAAGAGUUUUUAGUGCAUAUUUCAUUCAACAUCUCUUUGAUUCGGGUGACCUUUUCGGCUGGCAGAGAAGCCUGCAUUUUAACAGAGUCAAGAGUGAUACCGAGAAAUACCAUAGUUGUAUCAGGUCCUAGGGUCUUAUCUGGAUGAAUUGGUAUGGACAAAGUUCCAAAUAUAUGUGUAAGUAGAGCCAUGUUUCUGUUUCCAUCUUCGGUCUUGGGAAUAAUUGAUUAAAAGUCAUCCAACAAAUUAAAGCAAAUGAGGAAGAUUAUAGUUUGUUGUCGCUAUAUAAUGAAUUGCCUUGGAUAACCAUGUGAAAAUUUUGGGACUACUCCUUGGUCCAAAACACAGUCUUUUAAAGAAGUAGUACUUAUUGUUCCAGUGAAUACCAUGAUAUGGCCACAGAUCUGGCCUGAUUGGCACUAACUUAAAAGCGUCAACUAUGUCUGUUUUACACAUUAAAGCACCUUGUCCGCAUUGUUUGAUAGUUGCUAUAGCAUCAUCUACUCUGACAUAUGAAAGUGAAUAUUCUUCCUUGUUUAUUAAACUAUUUAUACUUGCAUGCUCAGACUUGUUGUGUGGUGCACUCAAAGCAACUACCAGUCUUAACUUUUUGGAAUAUUUACUUUCAACAGUACCUAAUGGGUUAAUCAAAAAACUUCAAAUGGUGGUCUAUCAAAGGGUCCAUGUAAGUAUCCUUUUUGUAAUUCCACUCGGAGAAGUUCUGACACUUCCUUAGGAUGUUUCACUGCUGACUGAAGAAUUUUACAGUGAUAGCUUGUAUUUGGAAGUUCAUUAAUUCCUGUGUCAAAACCAUUUCGAAACCCUUGAAUAAGUUGCGAAACGUAAUUUUUGUUUGGAUGUGAAAAGAGUUCUUUUUCUAAACUUGUUAAGUUAAUUGGAGUAGUUGCUGAUAACUGUUUAUCUGUAUUGUCUGCAAUGAGUCAUUGUUUUUUCGUAAUGUUGGUAGGUUGUUUAGUACUGGAUUUGUUCCUGUCACAGACAUAUGCAGGAUGAUCCCCUUUGCACACAUCACAUAUGUGCACAAUGUUUGAAUUCGAGUGUAGUGAACUGCAGCCACUUAAGUUAAAGUUAUUGCAGAGUUCCUUUCCAUUGUGAAAUUUUCUCUGACGCCCCUGCCUGUCAAUCAUAGAACGGUUGUAAGAUGUGGUAGCUGUUGGACUGUAAGGUUUCGGAAACUUAUCUCGAUUUACAGCUCCCAUCGUGCUGUCUCUCGUAUUCCUAUGAGUAUGGCUAUAGGCAUUUGAUGGACAGAAUGUUGCAGAGUGGUCUGUUUUCUGGCAUGUAUCACAUGCUUGAGUCCGUAAGCCAGAAAAUGUCAUCAUGUAAAGUUUAGUGUCGCAAGACGACCAGUCUACAGGCAUAUUUUGUAGCUCGUAUUGUUCAGCCUUUCGUGAAAAUGCAUUGUGGUAAUUGUAGAAAUGGUUACCACCAUACUGCCUAUACAUCCCAUCUAUCAAGUCGCAGUAUGCAUCCAAUUCCUUAUGACGGUGGGGCUCUACUUCGCAGAUGACAUUUUUAUAUCUGGAAAAUGCAGUCCUGAAGUCGUGGAUGUUUAGAGUCUUCUGUAGUCUAACAUCACCGGCACGCACAACAAUUUGGUCACCGUUUUUGUCUAGAAUCUGUGUUUCUGUGUUGGUCUUUAUGCCUGGUAUAAGGAGCAAAGCAAGAUUUAUAUGUUUGUGAGCUAGAAUCUCAUUUCGUAAUUUAUUCGGUAUAAUAUUCACGUGGGGCAAUUCGUCAACUGGUCUGCGGAUACCCACAGCUGGAACUACCGGUGAAAUUCCUGAAACGCCGGCCAAAAUUUCUCGUUCUUGUUCCCAGUCCGGGAAAUGCGUUUGCACAGGUUUGCUCGUGGAACUGCUUAUCUUAUUAGAAAGUUCCGCCAACGUACCUUGUAAAACUCUCAACUCAGUGUUAAUUCUCUCGAUUUCGGUCGUUUUCGAGGAUGUACUUUCUUUUUCAUGGGCGCGGCCAUUGUUGCUGCUGACGUCAUCAAUAACUGUGUAUUGUUGCGGUGUGCCUUAAUACAGUAAUGUAUAUUUAUCUAAGUAAUGAUGCAAAAUGAGGUGUAAUAAGACGUAAUGCUAUAUAAUGAGAUUUUUAUCCAAAAACUAGAAACAAGAAAAUGUAAAAUUAAUUCAGUAUAUAUUCAAGCAUUAUAAUGUUAUGAAUUACAAUUAAUUAAGGAAUUUAUAAAAAUGUCUAACUACAAAGAAGUAUCAACAGACAUGAAGAAGGGCUGUUUUAAGGCAAUUAAAAGUUAUUUAUAUAUAACAUUUUUUUUUUUGGCGAUUUUAUUCAUUUCUUUAGAAGUCUUGUUCAGGAUCAUUUUCUAUAAUAUUAAAUCGAAUCCUUAUUCUCUAAAUAUCUUAGGAUACUAUACAUUUAAAGGUCGAUUUCUUUCAUCAAUGGAAUUUCAAUUAUUUGCAGCGAUUCUAUAAAGGGAAAAGCAAUGUUUUUCCUAUGUUUAAGCAUUUUUAUAUUUAGACAUUCUUUCUUCAUAUUAUUUUUCAGUAAUAAUUAUAAAAAAUACAAUUUUUAAUAUUCAAAUUAAUAUUGUUUGACAUUCAAAAGCAAUUACAAAUCCAAUAUAAAUUUUAUCAAAUUCUUAAAAAACGUUAUCGUAUUUGAUUGAAUCAAAAUUAUAUCGCACUAUCGAGGAAUGUGCGGGAACGAUAACGUGCUACUACCGUGUAUUUCACACAUGUCUUCUUUAAUCAACUACCGUGUAUGUCACACGUGUCAUAUUUGAUUGACAAAAAUGUGUCGGUUUAAAACAACACUGAAAUUAUUAAAAGACCGCACCAAUAAGGAUCUCAAUCAACAUGAAAGGUAUUUUUAAGUCAAAAUUGUCCUAUGUUCAAGAAAAUGUUCAAAUUAUGUCUUUCACAUUAGUAAUUGUGUAACUUUUAGGAAUUUAAGUUGAUAUUAAUAUAAUUUUAGUUGAUCAAGUAUAACAUUAUAUACUUUUUUAAUGUCUAAUAUCAAUUUACCCAAAGAAUAGCUCUUUGAUUUACCAUAGAAUUCUUUUUUAUACUCAAUAAAACUUGUCACUCAGCGAGUAUUUUAGUCUUUGGUAUAAGAUUUAUACAUACAUUACGCCUCUACAAGCUUUACUGAUGAUCAUUACUUAGCUCUGAGAGCUAUAUAUAUAAUGUGUUUAUCUGCAUAUAAAAUAAUAUUUUUCAUCAUUUUAUGAAAGAUAAUGAUUUUUAUUCCAUAAAAUAUGUCAUUGUACAAGUAUUUUACCACUGGUAUUAAAUUUAUUCAUACAUUACGCUUCUACCAGUCUUACGGGGCAUCAUUACGCCGAUCCGAGCUUUGAAUGCUAUAUAAAUAAUAUGUUUUACCAUUUACAAAAUAAUAAUUUUCAUCAAUUUAUGAAAGAUAAUGAUUUUUAUUCAAUAAAAUAUGUCAUUGUACAUUGCCUCGUUUCCAUAACACUGUUUUCGUUUAAUUGUUUAUACAACUGCAACAAAGUUUUAUGCGGCGUACUACCGGGCAAAACAAUACCAUGAUCCUUUAAUUCAUUUUUAAGCUUUGUUAUAGUCCAAUUAGCCGGAUUUGUAUUAUCCAAAGGCGCGCUAUUGCUCCGUGAUUGCCGACUUCUUUGUUCUUCUCUCGGAACAGAAACUUGUCGUCUUCGCGUUUGCCUAACUGUAUUACCGUUACUUCUAUUUGACAAUGUUCUGCCUCGUUGUUUUGGCAUUUUAUUUAUCUAGUUAUAAUCCUUCAUUAAUUAUCGAAAAUGGAAUAUCCCUUCUUUUUUUUUUAGCUAAGUAUUAGAGCAUGUAGCAAAGAUAACAUCCGUUCGGUUCGAGACCCAGCACACAAAGAAAGAUGCUGGGGUGUGUAUUUUAGAACGAGGCAAAAGCAGCCCUUGAAACAAAGAAAUAUUCCCUGCUUAUCGGAACGAGGCUCAAUGUAAUGCUGAUAAGCCCAAAUAAGGAGCAGGCUUCGUUAUGCUGCCCAAAGAGGCUCUUGAAGGGGAAAUGACUCACACUACUAAACAUAGAAAAAAGAAGGGGCUCGCAACGGGAUAUCAUUGGCCUCUUUAAAACUCAGUUGAAUAUAACUAUACACAACCUCCACAAUAUGGAGAGCUGUCCUACUCGACCGGCGCCGGCGUCCUUCCGCGUCCGCACUUUGAUUAAAAGUUUUGAUGCACUUUCACUUUAUCUCUGUAAUUACUUGAUGGAUUUGUUUCAAUUUUAAAACAGUUAUUCAUCGUCAUCAUAAUCCACAUCAUAUGACGCAAGGGCCAUUACAUCCACACCAAUAUUUCAUGAAUUAUCUCACCCUUUUUUCAAAGAAUUUUAGGUAAAGUUUUAAUGCACUUAUCUCGUUUAUUACUGAAUGGAUUCGAUUCAAACUUAAAAUAUUUCUUCUUCCAACUUAUCACCCACAUCAUAUAACACAAAGUCCAUAACUCUGGUACCAAUAUUUCAUAAAUUAUGCCCCCCUUUUACUUAGAAUUUCAGGUUAAAGUAUUCAUGCGCUUUCCUCUUAUCUCAGAUUUGAUUCAAACUUGAAAUAGUUGUUCCACUUCUUCAACCACAUCAUAUGACACAAGGUCAUUAACUCUGGUACCAAUAUUUGAUGAAUUAUGCCCCCUUCUACUUAGAGUUUCAUGUUAAAAUUUGAUACACUUUCAUACUACCUUAGAUAUUACUAAAUGGAUUUGAUUCAAACUUAAAAUAUUUAUUCAGCAUUAUUCGUUUAAAAUUAUGCUUAUAUAAUGUUCUUUAUCUCUCUCAUUACUUAAUACUUCUGACACAGACUCGAUCUAUUGUUUAAUAUCUUUAUUCUUAUUGGAGUCAUUAAACACUCCAAUGACAGGGUGUGCCCAGUUUCACUAUCCAGCAUCGAAAUGGUCGCGUACGCUGUCGCCUGUGACAGCUGUUGUUGUAACAGGUCUAAAACUUUUGUAACUUGUUACAAACAUUCUCCGUAAUAACACAAUAUGACGUACACUCUACGUUAAAAGGCGUCAUGUCACUUACAAGGGACAUUAGGCUUUGGGAUACUAAAAAGCACAUGCUUGCGCAUUCGUGUACGAAUUGUUCAGACUGCUUUACCUUUAUUAUCAGUGGAAAUUGGAUUCCGUUUACACGAAUGACCAGUAAUCAGCAAUUACGGGUUAAAUGGUUAAAAUGAUUUUCAUUCCAUUAUAAAGCUUGUACAUUUUUCAGUAUAUAGUUUACAUAGAAUUUUUUUGGAACAUCAAGAUGUUAAACCCGUUGAAAAUGUUGCGAUAUGUAAAUUAAAAUGUAUACAAUAAUACUUCGUUAUGCAUUUGAAUAAUCUUUUUUUUCUAGAAUUUUUUUUUAAUACUGCUUAAUAAGAAAUUGUGAAGUAACAUGUCUUGUGUAUUCAUAUUACAUGUUAUCAUUUUAAAUUGUUGUUUAGAUGAAAAAAGUGAUUGAAUAUG